CUCACUUUUUGUGAACCCUCUUUUAAGGUCGCGUUCACGCUUCUUUGUGCCGUGGCGAGAUCCUCCGCGGUGAUUCAGUAAACUGCACGCGUAGCAAGUUAGGAAGAGUUGCAAAACGUCCAGAAACUUUUUCCGGGCUUCUUUUUCUGAAGGAAAAACUUUUUUGGCGGGGUGAAAAAAAAAAAAAAAAAACAUCUUAAAGUUUUUCUUUUUUUGACAUCUCCACCUGCGAGCAUGACGAGGAGGUCGUGCGCGAUCUACGCGGUGGGCGUCAUUAGCGCCACCCUGCUCAUCGUGGGCAUCGGCCUGACCGCCUCGCAGGCUUUCCGCAAGCUGAUGUACAACCGUCUCAAGAAGGAGAUUGUUUUGGUGGAGGGUAGCCGCGUGUUUGAGUCAUGGAAGAGGCCCCCACCUCCCGUCUACAUGGAGUACUUCUUCUUCAACGUCACCAACUUGGAUGAGUUCCUUGCCGGGGCCAAGCCAGUCGUCAACCAGGUCGGACCCUACACAUACAGGGAGUACAGGUACAAGGACAACGUGACCAUGGUGAACGAUGGCAAAAUGGUGUCGGCGUACAACACUAAAAGCUUCGUCUUUCUGAGAGACAAGUCUGUUGGCGACCCUUCGUUGGAUAACAUCGUCACUGUUAAUAUACCCGCUUGGGCGGCGAUGAACAAGGCCAAAGGGAGCUUCUUUAAAUCCUCGAUCCUGUCCGUCUGGAUGAACACGCUCAAAAGCGGCCUGUUCACCACUCGCACCGUGGACGAAUUGCUGUGGGGCUAUGAGGACCCCCUGCUGGUCCGAAUCGCUCAAAUGAGUUCAGGAGUGGACACGAUUUUUGGUUUUAUGUACGGGAAAAAUGGAACCAACGAUGGGGAAUUCGUCUUUCACACCGGGGAGCAGAAUUACUUGGAUUACGGCCGAGUGGAAACAUGGAAAGGUCAAAGGCAGCUGACCUUCUGGAACUCCAAUCACAGCAACAGCAUCGACGGGUCCGACGGAAGUGCCUUUCAUCCCCUACUGAAAAAGGACGAACGCAUUUAUAUUUUCACCCCGGACCUUUGCAGGACCAUCUACAUGGACUUUGAGAAGGACGUAGAGGUGAGAGGGAUCCCGGCAUACCGCUUCACGCCACCACGUUCCGUCCUGGCCAGCAAAGAAGAGAACCCGGACAACGAGGGUUUCUGCGUCACCCCACAGCAGUGCCUGGGAACAGGCCUCCUCAAAGUCAGUCCUUGUCGGAAAGGUGCUCCAGUCGUGGCGUCUUUUCCUCAUUUCUACCUCGGAGAUUCCAAAUAUGUGGCAGCUAUCGAAGGAAUGUCGCCUGAGAGAAUUCAUCACCAAACCUACCUCGACCUAAACCCGACCACCGGCAUAAUUGUACGUGCCAAUAAGAGGGCGCAGAUCAACAUCCUAAUCAAUAGGAUAUCCACAUUCGCGAAAACUAAAGGUCUAAACGAAACCAUCUUCCCCGUCAUGUUCCUGAAUGAGAGCGUGGUUAUCGACGAGGCGUCGGCGGCAAGAGUUCACAAGCUGCUGAUGAUUGUCAAGGUGGUUUCCAACUUCCCGCUUAUCUUUGUGGCUCUGGGCGGCAUCAUGUUCCUGGUCCUGAUCCUCCUGCUGAUACGCGAGCGAAAGCAGAAGGCCAGCGCCGAGGAGAACACGUCUUACUCUCCGGUGAGCGAAAAGGAAAAAGAAGACCCUCAAAACGGAACGUACAUCGGCCUGACGCCCAAGGCGGACGCGCAAGCUUGAGCACGCCAGCCGUCAAAAUUUUUUAUUUUUUUUUAAUCAACAAAAUACACUGCAAAUGACCCCGUCCGCCCAUCCCACCUCACCCGCUGGAACUAAUUUGUCAGAGAAAACACAUUUCCUUGUUUGUUUGCCGAAUUAACGAGUCUACCAAUGAUAUAUGAAAACGUCGAGAGGUGCGAUCAAAACAAACAUGGCUAAAAUGGGGUUGGGAUUAGUUUUAAGCACAGAUUUUUUUUCUUUUCUUCCGAGAGCCAAGAAAGGGAGGGAAAAUGAACACCAGUUGUCAGUAUUAAGCCGCGUAAUUACAACUAAAUGUUACAAAAUGUGAUUCUUGUGCCUGAAAAGCAUCUUUCUUUGAAUGAUGACAGUAUUUGGAGAGGCUCAAAAAUUUUUCACUGGGAUAAACUUUAGACCUAUUAAAAAAAAACAAAAAAAACACUGUAUAUUUUGUAAAAUAAGAAAAUGCUUCUUAUGUUUUUUUUUCUUGUUGUAAAUGUUCAUGUAGAAAGUAUCCAAAUGAAGAACUUCAGGUCUGCUAGAGUGGGUCAACACUUUGAUCGAAGCCCCUUUCACACUGACCGUUAAAAAAAAAAAAAAAAAAGGCGCCAUUUUUCUGUAUCGUUCUGUACAAACAGCACUGACCCAAAAUGGAGGAAGAGUGGAAGUGGCAUUUUCCCACUUUCAGCAGUCUGAUCAAAUCUGUAACCGAGCCUGGGUAUGAAACCCUUCUUGCACUGUUCAAAGCAUCCACGCAUCCAUUUUCCAAAACGCUUUUCCUCACAAGGGACGCGGUAGAGCCUAUCCCAGGUGACUUGGGGCAAUCGGCGGGGUCCACAAGGCCAAUCGCAGGGUCACUCAUAGACAAACAACCAUUCCCAUGCACAAUUUCUUCCGAGAGCCAAGAAAGGGAGGGAAAAUGAACACCAGUUGUCAGUAUUAAGCCGCGUAAUUACAACUAAAUGUUACAAAAUGUGAUUCUUGUGCCUGAAAAGCAUCUUUCUUUGAAUGAUGACAGUAUUUGGAGAGGCUCAAAAAUUUUUCACUGGGAUAAACUUUAGACCUAU